AAUGAUCAACACUACUGGCGUCCUAUAAAUGCUUCAAACAAAGUAGAAUCGCACGAGUGAUCUUGAGCAAGUGAUCUACAGCGAUCGAACGACCGCGAGCAGGGGGAAUGUGAGGUGUUGCACCGCACAAAUUGUAAACAAAAUAGUAAACUAAGUGAGACGCACGAGUUUUCUGUUCACUACAGUAUUGCUUUCUGAUAUGAAUGGCCAAGUGCAGUCGACGCGUGAGAGGUUAGGUCUUUUCUAGACGGUUUCGGUCCCACUUUUGGAUUAUUCUCCGCAAUGGUCGCCACCGAUCGUGUCUCAAAUAUAGAACUUCCACUGGACGAUGGUGCGGCCACUACGGAAGUCGACAAUAAAGUCAAGACGAAACUGCUCUCUAUGUGGAACAACGUCAAAUACGGGUGGACUAUGAAGAUGAAAACGAACUUUUCCAAAGAGUCUCCCGUGUGGUUACUAGGUCAGUGUUACCUGAAGAAGUCGGAGGAUUCGUUGGAGAGGGCGUCGGAGGCUCUGGAGCCAGUUGGAGCGACGGGUAGUCAGGUCUCCCUGGCGAUGGACGCCACGAAAUUCGAAAACACCAUAGAGGAGUUUAAGAAAGAUUUUGUAUCGCGCCUCUGGCUCACGUACAGACGGGAAUUCCCGAUUCUGAACGGCUCCACCUUUACCACGGACUGCGGCUGGGGAUGCAUGCUGCGCAGUGGGCAGAUGAUGCUGGCACAAGCAUUGGUCUGCCACUUCCUCGGACGGGAAUGGAGAUGGCGACCGGAGCAACCGAUCGAAACACCUGAACAAAGGGAGCAGGAGAGGAAACAUCGAAUGAUCAUCAGGUGGUUCGGUGACCAAUCGAGGUCGGAAUCUCCAUUUUCCCUACAUACGCUUGUGUCGAUCGGCACGUUAACGGGAAAACGCGCGGGCGACUGGUACGGUCCCGCUUCAGUCGCGCAUCUCCUGAGUCAAGCUGUGCAACGUGCCAGCGAACAACCCGACAACCAGCUCGAUCAGUUAGCGGUUUACGUAGCUCAAGAUUGUGCAGUAUAUCUACAAGAUGUCGAGAAUCUUUGUCGCACUGCCGACGGUGGAUGGAAAUCGCUGAUACUGAUGGUGCCCCUUCGGCUCGGCGCGGAGAAGCUGAACCCCAUCUACGCGCCCUGCGUAACGGCGCUGUUGACGCUGGACACGUGCCUCGGCGUGAUCGGCGGCCGACCGCGACACUCGCUCUACUUCGUCGGCUACCAGGACGACAAACUGAUCCACCUGGAUCCGCAUUAUUGUCAAGAAGCGACCGACGUGUGGAAGGAAAAUUUCCCGUUGACGAGUUUCCACUGCACAUCGCCGAGGAAGAUGUUGCUCUCGAAAAUGGAUCCCUCCUGUUGCGUGGGAUUUUACUUUCCCAAUAAGGAGUCACUCACCGACUUCAUGGAGACGAUUCAACGAUUCGUGAUACCAUCGACUCACAACAGCGACUACCCAAUAUUCCUCUUCUGCGAGGGAAGCGGCAAGGAUCUCCAGCAGGGUGUCGAGGUUGUCGAGGGUCUCUUGGGAUCGGAUGAUCAGGAGAUGCCGGAGGAAGAUCUCUACGAAUGCGAGGAGUUCGAGCUGGUACAAUAAAAUAACGAGAGAUGCAUUGAUGCGGACGUAGCAUGAUAUCAUGUACAUUCUCAUUCGACAUCACUUUUCCGAGAACAUUCCCAACAUCUCUGUUGGUCCCGUACACAGUACUUUACCUCAUCUAUCCGUUCCUCCAUAACGAAUAUAGAGAAACGUCGUAGAGAUUCUUGGAGAGCGAUGCGCGCUCGAAGACGAGGAAACGUGAUAAUCGUUGCGCGAUAAUCGUUCACGCGCGAGGAAGCGAGAGAUCAUUCCCGAUAUCUCUCGCAUCGGUACCGCGGCUUACCGUUUUCGUAAGCUGGUCGAACCGUUCGUUUCCCCGAUUAUGUAAUAUGUGUAUAUACGCGCGUUUAUCAUCCAUCGUGUCACAUCAUUGAGAACGCACCAUUUUUCUCAUCCAGUUAUGUUUACGUGAUCUCGAAAUUUAUUGAUUCAUUGAUCGUUAUUGAUAGUUAACUUGAUUCAUUAGCGCGGCAUGACUAUAUACUCUGCAAUUGUAUAAACAGUAUGAACGGAUAUUUAUUUCGUGUCACGGCGACACCUUCGCCGAUCAUGAGUUUUGAGAUAAUUUUUUUUUACGCCAAGCGCGUGAAAUUCUAUUUAAUCGUUGAGCGUCUUUGCGACUAAUCGAGAUUACGAUAAGUUGCGAUAACGUCGUCUUGAUUGUCACCAUAUCUGGUGAACGAUGAUGCGUGAGUUUCUUGGAGACUGCGUCACCACAAAUGGACGACACGCUAUUACCUUAUAGAUCGGAUGACCAUAAUCUGGUCUAUGAGACUCUCGAUGAAUUUAGCGUGGUAUUCAAAGUGAUAUGAUAAUGUAAAAUUCUCUCUAAUAUACAGCGAAGAUCCGUGCGGAUAAUUUCGGACGGAUCGAUUUCCAAGUCUGAUUCGUUUAGAGAAAAGAAACAUAUAUUUAUUUAUUUAUUUAUUUAUUUAUUUAUCUAUCUAUCUAUAUAUUUAUCUAUCUAUCUAUUUAUCGAUCGAUCGAUAACUAAUUCCUCGGUAACUUUUGCCUUGAGAAAAAGAAAGAGAGAGAAAGAAAAGAGUGAUGAAAAAUUUGAGGAAUGUGAGCGUGAAAUAGGAUAAGGCAUCCAACAGGGUACACCUAAUCAUGUAUUUGAAAAAAAAAAGAGAAAUUUAUGUCUAUAUCUAUUUAUAGAAUUGUACGAAUAAAGAUAAGUUGAUAUCUAUAAGUAUUUAUCUAAAAAGAUCUCGAUAAGAAAAUUUGCGAAAUCUUAAAAAGCAAUGAAGCGAUGUUUGCCUUUAUCAUCGCAAUCCUAUCCCGAAAAAUUGCAUUCAUCUUGAAUUCAUCUUUAACGACAUUUGCAACGCAUCUUCACGUUCAUCUUCUCUUUCGGCAACGGAAAUAAAAACGGGACGGAGUAGAUUAGAUGAUAAUCAUUUAGUUGCGCGUGUAUUCUUGAAAUCUCUUGAAGCGCUGAUGCUGAAGAUAUGUAGAUAAUAAUAGCAAAGUACUUAACUGAUGACAAAUAAAAUAAACUAUAAUUCCGAACGUAACAAAUAUAGAUACAAUAAAGUAUAAAAGUAAGAUUGAAAGAGAGAAAUUAUGAAAUUGUUACUCGGAUGUACUCUUUUGGGUGCCUCACUCUGCAUAUGUAUAUACAUAUAUAUAUAUGCGUGUAUAUUAUACUGUGUAUGCGUAUAUUAUACUCAUAUUGUUAAAGAUGUACACAAUAUUGACAAACAUUGUUAUACCUCUCUUACAUGAUAAUACGCUAUACGCUCGAAAUAAAGACGUAUGCGGC